CAUAGGUCUACACGCACGCUAACUUGUAACAACUCACUGGGACUUCAGCGUGCCUUCCGUGGCGUGGGCCGCAGAGCAACAUCCACUGUCACCGAGCGAAGCCCCCUAUAAACUUCACACCAAAACCCCUCACUAUUCCAUGUCGUCAGCAAGAGACAAUGCAGAAGCUCCACAGGGAACCGCGGCUGCCAGCGUAUCGGCCAGCACACACUCACCUGGCAGCGGUCUCGCGGCGGCCCUCGUUGUCUUCGCUCGAUUACCAGUGCCUGGCCGCGUGAAGACGCGCCUGGCCGCGGGGGUGGGCGCGGACGCCGCAUGCACCUGGUACCAGGCGUGUGCCCACCAUGCCAUUGAGCAGGCGGCUGGCUGCGCCGGCUGGGCUGACGUGGCUGUGUACCACAGCAGCGCCGACGACACGGCCGAGGUGGAGGCGUGGCUGCGGGGCGAGGGCCUGUCGGUGCCCUGCCGCCCCCAGCUGGGCCCCAGCGCUGCCGCCCAAACCGCGCCGCCGCCGGACCUUGGCGCCAAGAUGCGUGCGGCCAUGUGCGAGGCCCAGCAGCGCCUGGCGGCGGCGGCGGCGGCGGCGGCGGCACUGCAACCGGUACCAGGGGUGGCAGCGCGGGGGCAGCAGCAGCGGAGCGUGCAGCUGCAGGAGCGUGUGGACGAGUGGGAGGGGCGGGGCGCAAGGCCGCAGGAGGAGCAGCAGCAGAGCGUGGAGUGUGGGGCGGCGCAUGCCAAGGUCAUCAUCACCGGCACCGACAUUCCGGACGUGUCUGGCCGCCUGUUCGCGGCGGCGGCCCGCGCCCUGGACCACCACGACAUGGUGGUUGGCCCCUCGGCGGACGGCGGCUACUACAUGCUGGGCCUCACACGAGUGGCGGAGCAGCUGUUCGAGGACAUGCCCUGGAGCACAGACGUGGUGCUGAGUGAGACGCUGUCGCGGGCGGCCGCCGCGGGCUUGCGGGUGGCGCCUCUGGACACACUGCCGCGACUGCGGGAUGUGGACACGGCGCAGGACUUGGCGGAGUGGGUGACUGGCUGCAGCUGCCCUAGUGGCGGUGCUGGUGAGGUGUCGGAUGUCAGCUUAACGCUCACGGCGCCAGCUGUGGAUGCGUCACAAGGGGAGUGGACGCCACGGAAGCGGGUGCUGCUGCAGGUGUCGCGUGGCAUCCUGGCAGCUGCGGGCAAGCAGUGAUACCACGGACUGGGGCGCUGGUGUCAACGUGGCCCGGGGCUCUGGCUGUCACGUGGCGCGGCCGUCGCAAUCCGGAUCAAAAAGGUGGAGAUGCUGCUGGGGCACAAGCGACCUGUAUCGCUGCAGACUGGCGGCGGCAGCGGCGGCGGCAGCGGUGGCGGCGGCGGCGGCGGCGGCAGCAGCGGGGGCGCGUGCGCGCAUCUUGGUAGCGGAGGGGGCGGGAAAGGCCAUGUGGAGGAGGAGAGCGCAGCGCCGCCCAAGAAGCGGCGCAAGCGCGCAGGCUGAGGAGCCGGCUGGUGUCUAGGUAGCGAUCCGCGGUGGGGCUGGCAGGGCAUGCGUAGCGGCAUGGCAAGUAGUGCGGCUGUUGACAACUGUGCUGCGUCUGGCUGCGGUUGGCUCUGCCGUGGCAUCGCGAUUGCUAGGCACCCGGUUUGGCUAUGUGCCUGUUGAAACCGACCCCGGCUAUGUCCGGGCGAUGAGGUUGUUCAGCCUCAGACUGUGGAGGGGCUCAGCCCCUUUUCCCGUGACCGGGGAACACUUGUCUGCGUUACACAUAUGCUGUGUAACGCCCGCACCGAGUCCAUCAGAGCCACUCAGUAGUUUGUGUUUGUGUUGCUUUGCUCACACAUUAUUGCUGUGUGGGCAGGGAGACGCAGUCAGCGGCUGCGGCGAGCACUUCUAGGGACUGCUGCCCCCUGCUGUGGGCAAAGCUGGGAGGCGCGGCGGACGGCUGGGCAGGUUAAAAAGCGGCGUGAUUCUUCUAUCAUUCAUGUGGU